GGGCCGUGUGCGGGGCCGGUGUGCGGGUGUGCCAUUGCACACUUCCUGCGGUGCGGGGCACCGGGAGCCGGUUUCCGGUGGCUGACAGGAGCUGGAGCCCACAGCUGCCUCCUCCGGCGCGGAGUACCACACACCCCGCACACACCGCGGGAAAGGAGGAGGAGGAGGAGGAGGAGGAGGAGGGGGAGGAGGGAGCGGAGCAGCCCCCCCGCCGCAGCCCCCGAGCGAUAUCGCGGUAACCCCCCCAUGCGAUACGGGCGGUGCAGCGCAGCCUCUCCGCCCCGCGCUCCCCGGACAGGCACCUGCAGGAAAGGAGCAAGCAUGAGCUUGGCAACAUGCGACCAUGAGUGCCAGGACCGUGUGAUCUGAAUUGCGUCUUCCACUGACUUCCCAGCACCGAGGUGUUGUUGAUCCUGUGCUAUGGAGGACUGCCUUCACACCUCCUCCGAAAACCUCUCCAAGCUGGUGAGCUGGGCCCACAGCCAUGGGACCAUCUGCAGCCUCAUCCCCAACCUCAAGCACCUGCUUUCCGAGGGGGCCCAUGGCAACCUGACGGCCAUGUGGGGCUGUAGUGCUGGCCAUGCCUACCACUGGCCCCUGGCUGCCACUUGCCGGGCUGGCUCCCAGGAGCGUGUCUGCUUCCAGGACAGCCGCAGCUUCAACUCGGACAGUCCCAGCAUGCUGGGUGUGCCAUCAGAGGCACAGGCCAGCCCCCUGGAGCGCUACCCGGGUCGGACGGGGAAGACCAAGCUGGAUUGCACCCGCACUCGCGACUCCUGCGACUUCUCCUAUUGCAGCGAGCCAUCGGAGCUGGGUGAGCCUGUGGAGGAGUACGAGGAUGAGGCCACUCUCUUCGACAUGGUCUGUGAGUCCUCUGUCACCGACGAGGACAGCGACUUUGAGCCGCACCCCCACCGUGCCCCCGCCGGUCCCCGCAAGCGUCCGGCUGCCGGGCUGCCCACGGCUGCCCAAGCGCAGCCUGCUGAUGAGGGCAGCAGUGACGUGCUCCUCAAGAAGAUAAAGCAGGAGCUCCCUGAGGACUACUAUAUAGUGGCCAAUGCUGAGCUGACUGCCGGUGCCGACGGGCCGGCCCUGGCCCUGACGCAGAUGUCCAAGCCCAAGCCACAGCCCCCAGCCGGCCCCUCCUGCCUGGUACCCACCAGAGCUGUGCCCCAGCCUGUCGCCGGCCCCGACCCCGACCCCCAGCGCCUCUGCUCCUCCCCGCCCGGCCUGCCCCGCAUGGCCCCACAGCGGCCACCCCGGGGACCCCUGGCCUCCCCAGCACGGGGGGCAGGCAGUGGCCCUGUGGCUGCCCUGCAAGUGCCAGCCACCAGCUCCAAUGCCACCACCACCACUGGGAAACCCAUCAGCAUCCCCCUCUCAGCGCUGCAGCUGCCUGGUCAAGAGGAGCCACCGGCCGCUGAGGAGACUCUCCCAUCUGUCCCACAGCUGACUCCAGGUGGUGAGGUGGCUGGCUCGCCCUCGGUGAGUGCUGAGCCUGAGGUCAGCUCCAGCCAGCAACAGUCCCAUGCCGUGCCCACCACCACUCCCGAGGCAGUGGUGCAGUUGAUGCCAGACCAGGAUGAGAGAGCAGCAGAGCUCAGCAGAGAGCAGAAUGAGAAGACCAUUCGCAGCACGCAGACAGCUCUCCGCAAUUUCCGAGAGUUCCUCAUCUCCAAGUACCCCUCUGAGACCCGUGAGAUCUAUGUCAUUCCCUGCAAAGAGCUUGAUGCCUACCUUGCUUCCUUCUUUGUGGAUGCCAGACAAAAGGAUGGGUCUGAAUACGAGCCAAACAGUCUGGCCAACUAUCAGUGUGGACUGGAGCGGUAUCUCAAAGAGCACAGGUAUGGAUACAGUAUUACGAGGGAUAAGGAGUUCAAGAGGUCCCAGGAAGCUCUAAAGCAAAAGCAGAUAGAGCUGAGGUGUAAAGGAAAAGGAAACAAGCCACACAAAUCCAUGAAGCUCACCUUUGCUGAUGAGCUUAUCCUGCGCAAAAGAGGCUUGUUGAGCCGGUACAAUCCUGAGGGGCUGCUGAACCUAGUGUGGCUAAACAACACUAAGGCCUUUGGACACUGCACAGGUUUCCACGGGUCUACCCUCAAGUGGGGAGACAUCCGGCUGCGGGUGACAGAGACUGGGUUGGAGUACCUGGAGUGGAUGGGGCCAGACAACGGAGACGUCAGUGCCAAGAACAAGAGAGGUGGGACAGACUCCCGGGUGUAUGCCACACAGCACUCCCCCCAGACCUGCCCCGUGCAGGACUACAAGGAGUAUGCCCAGAGGCGCCCUCCGGCCAUGCGCUACGAGGAUGCGCCUUUUUACCUGUCCAUCAAACCCGUCGUCAACUUGGCCGCGCUUCACUGGUACAACUGCCAAGCCCUCGGGAAAAACAAGCUUGCCAAGAUGGUAAAGACGAUGUGUGAGAAAGGCAACAUCCCCGGCCGGAAGACCAACUUCAGUGUCUACCAGAGCUGUAGCACCCUCUCAGAAGCACAGAGCAACCAGCUGGUGCUGAUCUGCAAUAACUUGAGCCAGCAGGCGGCCCAGUCCAUGGCAAGCCACUCUAAUACUGGCAACUUCAUAGUGUCAGCAUCCUAUGACUCUUCAUCUGACACGGCCUGAAAGAGGGAUAUGACCUGAACACUUUUUUCUUUUCCUUUUUGUUUCAAACAUUGAAUUUGUGCUCAAUAAUACACAUCAACUGUGAUUGUACACUAUUCCCCCCCCGUAGCCCUCUCUCCAGUGUUAAAUCACUUUAUAAGAAUAUAUAAAUAUAUAAUAUAUUUUUCUUUUUGCAAAUAAGUCAACAGAAAUAGUUUAGUAUUACUAACAUAGUAUUUAUAGUGUUAAUACAAAAAUGAAAGGUACUUAUGGAUUCUAAUAUAAAUGCAGAUUUUAAAAGGAUAAAAAUGGUUCUCAGGCAACACAAGAUAGACUGAAAAUACCCUCUGAAAAUACCGUUUUUAACAUACAUAUAUUAGUGAGUGUAAAUCCCCAGAGAGGCUUACGUAGCAAUUCUGUUUCAAAGCAUUUUUUCAACUUGGUAUUUUAACAUGGCCUCCCACUGUGGAGGAGACAGACUUUACACUGGCUGCUGCUUCUUACCUGCUGGCUUAUUCUUGAUCAGCAAGACCAAGAAAUAAGAAAUACAUCAAUGUAAGUUCACAAAACCAUUUACAGCAUUUUUUGUUUGGUUUUUAUUAUGUUUUCUGAGGCUCAUUUGUGCUAAAAAAAUCCUGAAGUCAGCUAAAAGCUAUUUUUAACUUUUGUUUUUGUUGAUUUUUUUUUUUGAUCAGAAAUGUUGCUAGUUUUUAGACUAAAAAGUGUUGUUCUCAACAAUAUGCAAAAGUAUAAUGACAAAACCACUGUCAUACACAUCAUUUUAUCUCUCUAGGCAUAGGUUGUUAGUAUUUUGUCACUGUGUGUACAUAACAUAAAAUCUAUUGACUCAGAGCAGUCUUUCAGUAUUCUGGGAAAUGAAACAGUGCAGAAAAAUCUGCAGUCUUAUCCCAAACUGUACAGAAAAAUCGCAUCAAAUAUGUCUUUAGCCAUCAUUUGAAAUCCACCAAACAAAAGAGAGUGGGACAAUAAUUUCUACAGAAUUAAAAAUUUUUAUAGAGAAUUUAAAAGCUGGCUAGUUUUAAGAGCUGAAAUACAGAUUUAAAUUGGCUACACAUCAUCUAUUUCCAUUGCAGACAAUGUAAAAUGUGCAUAUGAAUCUGAAGGCAGAAUUUGGUCCUUAAAGCCUUGAAAUAAUGAGUGCUGCUGUUCCAACAUCUGACUUUGCAAUAUGAUUAUUAUUCUCCAAGUAUGGGCAAAAUACUAACAAAUUCACUAUUUCAGUGAAUGAUUAUAAUUCUUGACCUUUAAAAUUAUGAAUGGUACUUUUCAAGUAAUUAAGCUUAAGUUUAAGUUCCACAAGGAUGUGCUAGGGCUAUGAUGAGGCUUUAGACAAGUCUGCUGGGGUGAUCUGCCUGCUGAAGUCAAUGAAAGAGUCACCCUCAGCUGACUUCCCCUGGGUGUUGGAUCAAACUAUUACUGAGGGGUUUUCUUGUUUUGAGAUUCCUAAUUGUUGUGUUUCUUUAUGUUUGUUUGUCUUUAUUUCUUCACAUUCCUGCAUAUCCUUCAUAUUCUUUAGAUCUGCAACUGUGCAAUGACUUUAAUCAUCACUAAUUCCAAAGAAAAGGUGAAACAAAAGUAGCAAAUAGAAAUAACCCACCUGGCACCUAAAACCUCUUUUCUGUGUUGCUAGGAUGAAAUGUUCCUGUGUGUGAGGGAGGCGGCAGAAUGUCUGCACCUCACUUAAGCCUUACUGAAGGUCUGAUCUGGGGAUGAAAUAGGUAGCAGAUGUGCCACUGGAAAGUCUUAAGUGCAGAGAUUUCCACUAUAAUAAGUAUCUGUCCUCCCAGGAAGCUUUGUGCGGGUGACACAACCUGGCUCUUAUCUCUUUGUUCUCCACGUGUAGCAGGGCUGGUACAAAGUCUGGGCUUCCUAUAUGCCAGCUGUCCUGGAGUCUCGGCAUGCCAUGGCAGUGUAACCCCCAGCUCUACAGCCUCCCAUUUGCUGGUCACUGUCUCUUGGGGCUGUAGGGUAGGCAGUGGACUGGUGGGCACAAGCAGUCACUCAUAUUGCAGAGCCAUCAUUUUGUAAGUUGGUUUUGGAAUUUGAGACCAAAUUAUGACACUACUGAAGUGACUGCAAGCUGUGUCCGUGAUUUUCAGUGCCAUGGCAACUCUGACUUGUAUGUAAAGGAGACAGAAGCACAAAAAGGCUUAAGGUGAAGGACAGCUGUCCAGUUUCCAGAUGAGGUGAGACAUCUGAUUGCUGUUUGCACUGCCUUGCCUUUCCACAGCAGUGCUUUUAAUGUGAUACAGAUAAAAAUAGUUUUACAAGGCCUGUGCUGCUCUCUGUGGAAUUUCUGUGCUGUUUUCCACUGAGGACUCAUGCAGCUGCUUAAUAUGUGCUGGAGUGCAGAAAAUCCCAUGCCAGGGAGCUCUCUAGGGAUGCCAGGUGAGAGUUCAACCACGGAGCCUGCCUCUAGGAAAGUCUGGUCUCUGUUUCUCCCCCAUUGGCACUCAUCUCAACACUUCCAGUGGCAGCUAUUGCAGGAUAUGACCCACUUCCCUACAUUUCCUUUCCUGUUCUGCAAUAUGGGGAUGGGCAUCAGCUGGCCUUGGUGGAACAGCAGAUCUCCACUUCCCACCUCUCCUCCCCUGCCCAACAGCCCCGCUUCACUCCGAGGAGCAGAUCACAGGCUGUGCAUGGGCUAUACUACAAGCAGACCUUUGAAGUGCUACUUCACAUCAGUGCUGAAAUUCAGCCCCAACACAGACCUCAGAAGAAAGAAGACUGGCACUGUUGAGUCUUGAACAGGAAGGUCAUAAGAAGCAUUUCCUAUGACUUUGUAAUUCCACAUGCUGCCGAAGUUGUUGAUUACCAGAGUAUUAGGAUGGUUUGUGCUGAUGUCCAGGACAUGCACUGGGUGAGGCAAUGUCUCUAAUACCCUUGACUUAGGAGGGCACAUCAGCAGCCUUUUCUUGUCUGUUUGGGGGAUAACCUGUGGAGUAUCUGUGCUUAUUGUGAUAGUCUUGAUAUUAUCACAAGGAAGGCCGAGGCCCAACUGGAAUUGAAUCUGGCCAAGGAUUUCGAUGGCUUGAAGGGCUUCUUCAAAUAAAUCAAAAACAAAAGGAAAACUAAGGAUAAUGUGGGCUCGUUAAUAAAUAGAGGGGUCACCUUGAUAACAGAGGACACAAGUUACUGAACACCACCUUCAUGUUGGUCUUCACUGACUGACAAGACCAGCCCUCAGGAAUCUCUAACCCAGGAUACCAGGGUAAAGGAAUGUUGGAAGUCAAGGAGGAUUGGGUCAGAGAACACCUAAUCAAACUUGACGUCCAAAGUCCAUGGGCCCUAAUGGAAUACAUCCAUGAGUGCUGAGAGACCUCACUGUGCAGCCCUUCUGAAGGAUCUCGACAGGGUGGAGAGAUGGGCAGAGAUGAACUGUCUGAACUUCAACCAAGGCAAAGACAGGGUCCUCACCUGGGGAAGAAUAACCCUACACACCAGCACAGGCUGGGGGAUGACCUGCUGGAAAGCAGCUCUGUGGAGAAGGACCUGGGGGUCCUGGUGGACAUGUAGGUGUCCAUGAGCCAGCAGUGUGUCCUUGUGGCCAAACAGGCCAGUGGUAUCUUAGGGAGCAAUAGGAAGAGUAUUGCCAGCAGGCUGAGGGAGGUGAUCCAGCUCCCCUGCUCAGCCCUGGUGAGGCCUGACCUGGAGUGCUGUGUCCAGUUCUGGGCCCCUCAGUACUCCUGGAGCAGGUCCAAUGGAGGACAACAAAGAUGAUUAAGGGACUGGAGUAUCUCUCUGACCACACACUGGGACAGAUUGCCCAGAGAGGUUGUGGGCUCUCCCUCACUGGAGAUGCCCAAGAACUAUCUGGGCACAAUUCUGUGCUAUGUGCUCUAGGAUGGCCCUGCUUGAGCAGGCAGGUUGAACCAGGUGACCCGCUGUGGUCUCUUCCAACCUGACCCAUUCUGUGAUUCUGUGAUUAUAGAAGUUUUUUCUGCUUUGUGGUAUGUCUUGUAAUUCCAACUUACGAUUAGUGCUGAUUGCAGAUUGCCUGGCAGAUUUGGAUGGGGCAGCUCCACAUAGACUGCUUGUUAAAGAAGUUAAACAUAUAUGGCCAGGAUAUGAUACUCAAGUAGUAUUAUAGUCCAAAAAUAAAUGUAUUAGCUUUUAAGGGCAUGUAAUGCAACAUAUAUUCAGUCUUCAUUUGUGGACAGUUACAAGGAAUUGAGUGACCACAGCUUAUUUAAUUACCAUUUGUAUUAAGGCCCUGAAAGGUUGUUAACUCAUUGGGAGGGAGACUUAAAAUUUAAACCACUCUUGUGGUUUUGUCUCAUACGUGUAGAAGAGUAGAUGUCAUAGGUGCUGCAGCUUAGCUGACAGGGGACAACUCAGUUGCUUGUAAUUAUCUUCCAGUACUCCAACUGAGGGUAUCACACCUGUUCCAGCAGCAAAUUGCAAGCUCAUGACAACGGUGUGCAGCUUCCAUGGUGCUAAGACAGAGCAACAUGGCCAGGGGCUGUUGCUGCCAACUCUUACCAGCAUUCCCCUCUGCCUAAAUGAAGGACUGGGGUCUUCUACCAUGGCUCUUGAUGCUGAGUACCUUUGACCAUGAAAUCAAGGGCAGCUGGCAAAGCACCGUCCUGCCCCUGUCCAGCACAGGCCACAGAUGGUGGUUGGGUGCGGUGGCUGCAGUGAGGCACUGCAGGUGGCUGGCUGCAUUCCUGGCUACAUCAUACUCUGAAGUAAAAGCUGAGCUUUUGCCCAGCUGUAAGACUGUGAUUUCCUGGAGCUGGGGGUAGCUGGCUCCAAAAGGGGGCUUGCUUUUCUCCUUUCUUUUUCCUUUCUUUUUUUUGUGCCACUCACCUUUCUUUUACCUGGUGUUAGAGCUCUUCAGGGAGUGAUUUCAAUUCAGUAGCCCAGCAGAAAACACAGCAAAAAAAGGGGGAAGUCAUAUAAUUUUCUGCCGACAUACUGAGUUGGAUCUAGUCAAAAACAGGUGCAAAGCCAAUUGGGGAGGCAGAGGAUGGUGUUCACCUGCCAGCAUCAUAGAGUCAUUGGCCUGGCUCGGCUACUGCAUCCCAUUGGAAACCCAUCAAAAGGAUAAUGCAGAUUGAGACUCUUCUGAGUUAUUUACAGAUGUAUUUGAUGCCUUGUGAACUAUCUACAAGCUUCUGGGAGAUUUGCUUAGUGCUACCAAGAGCAAAAUUUGGCCUUGAACUUAAGAGGCAAAGUGCCAAAGCAGAGACCUGCACACAGUGCAAAGGAGUCUGCACCAAUGUUUGUGCUGGUUUUCCCACGUGGCCUUCUCACAACGCCAAAACAAGAAUCAAACAUGGGGAUUAUAUAUGGAUGUCACCGGAUUGAUCUAGAUGCAGCUGUGCACAAUACAUGCAUUUGGAUCUGUUCACGUGAUUGCACAUGUAGAUGGACAGAGCUGUGGGCACUUUGAGUGGCUUAAGCUCUGUUUUAUUAGUCACUCAUGCAUGUAUUUGUGAUAUUGUGGGUUGCACAGUAUUACAUGUCUUCAUGCAGGUAGUUGGAACUAAAAUCUUUGAUAUCUGGGUGUUGCAAACUGCCUGUUUUAUUUUAAAAAAUGUAUUUAUGCAACAAAAUGUAUUUUUAAGAGCAGGAGAAUGAAAUACUGUCAUGAACUACAAUGUAAAUUAAAUUCCAAGGAAUAUGUAAAAUAACAGCACAUACUUUGUUCAUUUGCACAAUACAAAUAAUUCUGUGAUAGCAGCAUCAGGGCUACUGACAUAGAGGACAAUCUAACAAUGAAAUCAGUGUCCAUGUUGCACAUUCUCCUUCAUAAAAAUCAACACUUUCAAGAUAUUUUGUUUUUAGAAGCCACUGUGCACUGUUAUUCAGGCUGCAGCAUCGCUGCCCUCUUAGAAAGCUGUGUAGAGAAUGAGAUGCAAGCAGCGUUGUACUGUUGUGUGUCAGUGUCUCAGAUGUUUGUGACCGGAUCUUGUUCUGUUAUUUGUGCAAGCGAUGUGAGGUGGUAAGAUGGGGAUCAGAAAGAGCAGGUAUUGUGUCACUCUAGAGCCUGGGCUGCCCUGAGGACUGAAACAGCCUUAAAGGACACCAUGAUUCUGGUUACAGUAGGUUUUCUCCUGGUCCAGCUCGUAUUUACCCUUUCUUGUCACGAUGUCUGAAUACAUCCCGUAAGUGCACUGACUGACUUGACUAGCACGUGCAGUGCAUGGGCUGAUCAUUCCUUCACAGUAAGCUGCAAGUGACUACAAUUGACUGACUGGUCUUCCUCAUCCCCAACAUCCCUGCUCCUCCCACCAUCCCUGAUCCUCUAAUAUUCCCCUUUCCUGGUGUCUGCACUGUGGGACAGGGUGACAGCUUUGUGCAAGGCAGCUCUUGGCUGAGAGCUCCCUCCCUGCCUAUCAAGUGACCUUGUGCUUUGGGGAUAAUGUGCUCAGGGUAGCCCACCUCGCGUUGGGUGUGUGGGGGUUGUGGGAUACUGCAUGUGGGCACUCUGGAGGCUUGCAUCUCUUGCACUCUCCUUCCCUCUUCUGCUUUAUCUGAGAGAGCUUUCAAGUCAUGACAUGAGAUUAAAUUUGCUCCUGUGUAGAGGACCUGGUCCACAUCUGUGUGCUGUUUGGCCCUCCACUGACAUCAUUAAAAUAGGACUGAGACAACUGAAUCCUCAACAGUACUCAACUUCUGGACUCACUCUGUCAGGGAGAGAAGUUCAUCUCACAUGGUGCAGACAACAGGGUAUUGGGGCCCAUCCAACUCCCUGAACUUCCAAAGGCAGUGGGAAUGUGUGUUAAAGAAGAGAACUUAGAGGACACAGGAAUAUAAUUUGAUUUUCCUGAAAUGAGCCAAUUCAUGCCUCUGGGUUAGGGAAGAAAAAGACUCAGCUGUUCACUAUGAAACAUGGCAGGAAGUGGGUCUGUACUUGUUAAUGAGGGUUCUUUGCUAAAUGUCAGCAUGAAGAGAUGGCUUCUUUGGGGUAGGAUGUGUUUUUUCUUUUCUUUCUGUGCUUUCCUAUGUGUGCUGAAUCUGCACUCAGUGCUGAGAAGCCAUGGAGAGAGGACAUCAUCCAACGUAAAGUGUGGCUAUAUUUCUCGCCACAAAACUUGAUCUGUACUUUCUGGUGAUGGUUGCCAUGUGCUGAGUCAUGCCUUGGUGGUUGGGGACAGUACUGCAUCAUCAGCUGGUGUCUCCCAGCACAUCUGUUUUCUCUGUGCAGAGCCAGCAUGAAUGUCACUGCACCAUUCUCCAAAGAGCCCGGGGGCAGCUUGCCAAGGACUCGGCUAUCAGCUGGGCAUCUGCAAGACAAGAAGGCGGAAGGCUCUAAGCACAACUAAAUGAUGAUGCCUUCCCAUGGACAGCAUAUGACAAACACGUGAAGCUGCGCUGUGUCUCCUCAACAGCUUUUGAAGUCUACCACCCAGGAAUCGGUGCUCCACCUCUUUCACAGAAGCGUAACUUCAGCCAGCAAGGGAGUGGCCAUUCUGAGGACAAGCUGGGGUUCUCUGAGCCUCCAGUGAGUUGCAUGGUUGCACUGCUUCCAGCUUCACUCAUGCAAACCAGGUUGUGCCAGUUCUUCCCCACUGCUCUCUGGCUGAUGUCCUGUGAAGCUCUGCUGACAUUGUUCCCCAGCACCUUGACUCUUCCUGAAAGCAGCAGAGAGGCAUUUACAAACGGUAUAAAGCCCCACAGCCUAGACACACCUGUGAGCUUAUUGGAAAGUUUGACACUAUCCACUCACUGGAACAUAUUUGAAGCAGUGGUGAUGUCUAAAGCUUUAAUACCUAUUCUGAUGGGGGGGAAGAUCGGUUUGGUAUAAAAUUUUCUCAUUACGUGAACUGAUGGAUCUGUCUUAAGCAAUUAAUUUAUUCCCUCUGUUUUCUCACUGAAUUGGUUAAUGUUAGUUGGUAAUGCAGACAAAAUUCUUUUUAUUUUAUUCUACAAAUGCCACUAAAUGAGUUGUUAUCUCUGUGUUGGAAAUGGACUUACUGUUUCAAAGGGAUUGGGAUGCUUUUGGCUCAUCUUUUAUUCUUUGUGCUCAGCAUUCACUACACAGUAGUUACUAGUAUCUGAAAAAACCCAUAUACCUUUUCAGAUUUCAAUUUGAUCUUUUGUAAUUAAUAGAGGCUUCUUUCACAGUAUUUAAGAUACUGGUGAGGUAGGUGCUAUCUUUGAAAUUCAGUGGGACAAAGUUUCAGUGGGAAUAAGAAGAGGUGUUUAGCUCUUUUAAACAAUGCUUUGGACAUCCAUGUACGAGUUCUUUUUCAUUAGUACUGUUUUAUACAGUCCAUAAGUGUCAAGAAAAUAACAAAACAGCCAAAUGAAGGGAAAAACAUCAAGAAAAUGCAAAAUGUUCAGAACAAAAAUAUUGUAUUAUUCCUACACUAGAAAACAAAACUCUUAAAAUUAAUUUUACAGAUACUAUCUUUGCCACUUCAGCUGCCUUUUUUUUUUUUUUUGUGAACAAAGACAGCUUUCUGACAUUCCUCAUGCCUAGAAUUUGAUCUGCUCCCUGAAGGCUGUAAUCUUGUUGAGAUGGCCCUCCUUACCAUUAGAGCAUGUUCUCAGCUGGCCUGCAUCUUGUGUAGCCCUAAGUAGUCCCUGGUCUGCCCUGCAUUGCUCCUGCCAGAAUUCCUCAUUCUCUUCUAUUAUCAUACAUUUAAUACACUUACUCUGUGUAAAUUUCCAGCCUGAAAACAAGCCAAUGCAGGAGACACUGCCUUGGUAUCCCCUGUGGUGGAUAUAGCAGGCAAGGCAAUAGUAAAUAGCUUUGAACUGAUUUUGGUAGGGAGACAAGUAUCCUAGUGACUCUGAGACUGAAGGUGCACUGAAUGAUGACUGCAGUGUAAAUUGCUUUGUGGAGACCUUUGUUUUUAACCUGGAGCUUAUGGUUCAGAUCUUGCAAGCUUUGCCUUCUUCAGGAGCUUUCUCUGUGAGAAACUUGAAAGACGGGGUUGCUCUGCCCAAGGCUGGGUGCAUGGACAGGAAGUGCAGGUGCAGAAGUAUCCAGAGCAUUCAGAAUGUGCAGACAAAAAUAUCUUAAAGGAAUCUGAAAGCUGUGAGGGGAGGAAGUGGUGAGAACCUGAUUUUGCACCUAUUUAUGGCAAGCUGGGUGGUGUUGCUGCCAGAGAGAAUUUGGUGCCAGUUCUGCAGAGAGCUGUGGGAAAUGCAUCCCGUGCCCUCUGCUCCCACCCAGCUCAGGCUAUUAUUGCACUUCCCUCCAGGCAUAGGACUAGCCCCAUUGAAACAGAAGCUUUCCUGAGGUAGGCAGGAAAGGACAUCCCUCAGACACUGUUGUGUUGUCAGUGCUUGCUUUUGUCCAUGUGACCCAUGUGUCUCAGGGUUGUCUUGAGACCUGUCAGGGUAGACCAAAUAUUCCAGACUUGAAGAAAAAGAAGUGGCAGAAUAUCCAAGUGCAACAAAGUGGAAAGGCAGUGGGAAAGCCUGGUAAACACAAUGGAAGUUUUUGUCUUUUUUAUUAAAGAAGGCAGGCAUAAUCCUUAUCCUUUAAUAUCCUACUUUGUUUUACACUGGCAUUAGAAAAUAAUUUCCAUUUUUUUUAAUUGUCUUCAGGGUUUAACUCUGACUUCGAAAAGCAUUUUUACUAUGACAGCCCUUGGUCUCAUGGUGAGCAGUGCUAGGAGAAACAGCUAAAGCAAGGCUUUUAUCUUUCCCUGCAUGCAAUGUUUAAUCUUUCUAAUCUAUGAACAUGAAUGUAUUUCCUGCCAUUUUGUAAAUUGACAAGAUUAGCACUGUUUCUUUCAAAAUAGCAGUUGAAAAACAUAUUUUGCUUCAACAUAACCAAAUUUCCACCUAACAAUGUGAAUUUUCCAUAGUGACCAGUCCAUUCUUAGAGUUAAACCUCUAAGGCUAAUGCUCACUCACUGACUUUACAACUUUUUUUUUUUAAGAAUAGAUUGUAAGAAAGUAGGUUUUUGUUAAAUCUUUUGUUUUGUUAAAAAAAUUUCACUGUCUUGCCUAAUAAUAAUAAUAAUAAUAAUAAUAACAAUAAUAAUAAUAAUUCUAUGCAUUGUGUGAUUCAGUGAUGUUGUUGUUGAAAUGUUGCAUGUUUUCUCAAUGUUCUGACAUUUGUGUAUUUAUGUGAUACUUGUAAAAGUCCUAACCAUUGCUGCUAUAACUACCACCAUUUUAGGUAAGUGAAAACUGUACUAUGAAACUGUGCCAGUUAGCAGAAUUUUUGUGUGUCAUGCUAAAACUCUGCAUUCUGCUGAUCAUUUCUUGUUUUAUGACAGUAUUUAGUGCCUUCUGUAGAAGGAAUCAAUAUGUUGUGGUAGAUGGGAGAUGCCAAACUUCUAAUAUCUUUUUCUGCACAGAUGAUCACUUACCAGCUUGAAGUUUAAAAAAAAAAAAAGAAAAAAGAAGAAAAAAUAGUAUUUAAUUCUCCAUCUUUCUUUAAAGUAUAUUCUUAAUGAUUCUUACUUGGAGAAAAAGAAAGCUUUAAUAGAGCUGAAAAGAAGCCAUCUUCUUCUGUUACACCUCCUGCAGCAGCAGUCCGAUAGCUGGAGGGAAUGCAUAGUAUCCAAAUGUUUCUGUUGGUGAUGGAUCCAGUGAAUAGCCAAGCCUCUUCAAGUCAUUGCAGAGCAUGCUAAAAUUCCAUUUAAUGACAGCAGUCCUCUGUUCUUGCAGCAUGAGCUGACAAGAGUUAGCCUGGUCGGGUGGUGGAUUCCAGUUUGUUCUGCUUCUGCUGAAGCCACACAUUCCUGCCAAAUGAGACUUGGAUGAAAAUCAAGCCCAAGAUUUUUAGUCUUUUUCUUUCUAAGAACAUGGCAGAAAAGCCCUGUCUAUCAAAAUUCUGACAUUGCAUUUUCAGUUCUCCUUCUACCCUCUGCCUAGAAUCUAGCAGUAUAGCAAAUAUACACACUCAUAUGCAUUCAUUUUGAUAAGAUUUUGACAGGCUGAAAUUGUAUCCUACUGAACAUACAAUAGAAACAGUCAGGAGGGAAAUGUGAGCUAUUCAGUUCUCUGGUGCAUUUCCCAGCCUGGUUUCCCAGCAUGGUUCACUGUACCUAGGCUGGUCUUUAAAACAGUGUUUUGUAUGGAAAAAAGGAAAGACUGACCAUCAAUUUUCUGUCUCUACUGAGAGAUUAAAGUCCAUUAGAUGUCUUGAAAAAAUGUUUCAAAUCAAAAAUAACAGGUUAUCAGAAAAACUGCAUGUUUGGGAAAAUAAGAGUACAUUGAAUUCAUCCUCAGCAGUAUUGCUCUAAAGUCAUCUCUGUCUUCAAGCAGGAAAAAUUACCGCCCUUGUGAUGUCAAAAACUUCCCCAAAAAAACCCAAACAACCAAACAAAUGUAUGCCAAAAUUUUCAGUGUAGUUGUUCCUUUUUGUGAUACCAAGGACAUUUGCAAAAAGCAAUAUUGAAGCAUACAGAACACGUUGAAAAUCAUCCUGUGUAGUAGGUUGCAAGUCAGUACCCCACAAACUGAUGAAUUUGAAAACCCCAGCUGAAGAUUAAAACUUUCCACAAGGGAUUAGAAACCUUUUCCAGUGCCUCAGUUCCCGUCUGUUGAAGGGAAUUGAGCUCUUUUCAGAAAUGUUAGGUCCUUUUAUUGUCCUUUAAAAACCGGAAGCUUCUUCAAGCUCAUUUUACUAGACCAGAGCCAGCUGAGACCAGUUACAAUGUGGUUCUCCAUUGUUAUGGUUGUCUAGUAGCUAUUUACAUGUGAACACAUGCUACUAGUAUGAGUGAAGAGUUUUGACUCCACAGAACUCCUGCCUAUGUGACCCUAAUAUUAAAUAUUCAAGCCAUGGUCUUAUAUCCUGCAUUUCUUCUAUUUAUAGCUAGACCUGAGUCUCCAUGGUCCCACCAAUUGCACUAAUUGUCUUACCAAUUGAUCUUCCUAACUUCUAUGAAAAGAGUCUAUUAAAAAAGUCAGAUUCCAGCAGCAUAGCAGCUGUUCUUUCCCCAUCUUCUAUUCCAUUUGAAGCUAGGUAUAUCUGCAUUAUCUUCAGCUUAGAUUUGAGCCAGAAAAGCCAUCAAUGUCCUUUAUUCCUACUUUGCACCCUGGACAUGCCAUUAUGGUUCUGCAGGUGCAGGCCUGGCAAUAGAAUUUAGCCUCCGUCCUGUAGCAUGUCGGAGUCUCUAGUUGCAUUUGUUUGCUUUUCACCACAGUGCAUCAGUUUCAAGACACAAACUGGGUGAUACUAAUGGUGUGUUGCUUUAGAUACCACCUUCUAAUCACAGUGAUUCCUUCCAUGUACAUAGCGUCCAUAUUAUCAGUCCUGUAUUUCCUCUUGUGUGCAUUUUUGUCUAAAGUGCAUUAUAUUGCAGGAUCAGCUUUUUUUUUCUCUCUUUUUUUUUUUUUUGUUAAAUAGCUUAUCCUGUGCUGCUGAAAGGAUCCAGGAAAGAAUUAUCCAUCCAAACCCCAGUGGAAUUUGGGGACUUAGCUUUUUUUAGACCCCUUUGGAAGCCCCAGCUGUAAUCAGCUAUUUAAAGCGGAGAUUUUAGCAUGAGGAGUGCUACUUAUCUUCCACUCCAAAUGCAGUUUUCUGUACACAGGGCACCUUCUUACACAGAUCUCUUGCUCCUGCAUUUGAGAGAUUAUAUAUACAGCAGAUUAUAUAUACUUGUCUAUUAAGGAGAAGUAAUAUUUUUAUGCAUUUUAAUGCAUUAAGCUCUGCAAAUGUAGAAUAUCUUGGGGGAAGGGAGACAUUACUGGAUCAUAUUCUGAAAACGUGAGUAAUAUUGUUAUCUAGUCCAUUUUAAGAGUUACCUGUUCAACCCCAAUGUCCUCAAAUUACCCUAUUUCUGUACUUGCACAGCAACAGGAGAAAAACAAGCAAAAAGGAUUUGCUGCUGUAAAUGAAGGAAGAUCAUAAUCUGCUUAGAACCUCAGAUCCCCAACAGGUUUGCAGGCUGGUAAUUUUUCUACUCAUCAGCUGGAUAAGUUUUGAUGCAUAUAAAUGUCAUAUUGCCAUAUCUGCAGUGUAUUUUUAUGAAGCAAACUUCAUACAGGGUAAGGUCCUUCACAGGUGAAGACCAAUAUGGUCAACAAAGUUGUCUGUCACUUGUGUUAGUUGAGAACAGGUUUUUUUGUUGUGAUGUAUUUUUCUUCUUCAAGACACUCCACUGUUCUUUAAUGGGGAUAGAAUAAACAAACGUGUUGUACUGUCGUCUGCCACGUUGUCUCCUUGAAGAUGUUCUUUUAGUGUUUGAGUACAGAAGUGCCCUCAAUUAAAAUAAAGUAAAACCAAGAGGUCUUUUCUUUUUUAAAUAGUGUUUAUGAGUUUCCUCUCUUGCUUAGGUGUCAGAUAAUUAGGCUUUUGAAAAGAAUGUUUGUUCUUAUUGGAGUGUGACAUUCACUGUUACUGAUCUGUAAAUUCCAGAGAUGUUCUGAUCUUCAUUGCACUUCACCUCCAUUUUUAUUCCCUUAUGAUAAUCUUUAACAAGUCUGGUUCUGCUGCAUUAGAGAUUGGUUUCAGUGUCUGUACAAUGUUUGCUACUAUUGUAGUGUGACUUGUUAUUUUCAAUUUUUAAAAUUUGUAUUGGUACAGCCUUAACUUACAGAAUUAAAGACCAUUUAAAAAUUAAUCAAAAUAGUCAUUGAUGUCUGUGAUAACUGCAUGCUUUAUUCACAGUAUUUUGUCUGUAAUUAUGUGUAGCAACCAAGUCCCAUGUAUUUAAUAAAUUGUUUUCUGAAAA